AUGGAUUCAAAAAAAGAAAAUAUUAAAGAGAAUGCCUCUGAAAUUAAAGAUAAGGUACAAGAGGGUGCAAAAGAUGCUGCCGAAGAUUUGAAGGAUAUGGGUAGCAAUGUAAAGGAGAGCGUGCAGGAAGGUGCCAAAGAUGUAAAGAGUGAUGUUGAAAACUCUGGUAUCGGUGGAAAGAUCGAGGAGAUUAUGCAUAACUUGCAGGAUAUGGCACAAAAAACAUGGGAUAACACCGUCCAUAUGUUUAGUGGUGCACAAGAGAAUGUCGAAGAGAAGGCAGAGAAGGUCGGUGAGAGUAUGGAAAACGCCAAGAACUCGAUGAAGGAGAAUAUGGAAGCUGGAUACGAGAAGGCCAAGGACAAUGUGAAUGCCGGCAUGGAGAAGACAAAGGAAUCGGUUGCUGCCGCCAACGAGAAGAUGAAGGAGGCUGCCGAGACUCUCAAGAAGAAUAUGGAAGCCGGAUACGAGAAGGCCAAGGACAAUGUGAAUGCCGGUAUCGAGAAGACAAAGGAAGCAUUCUCCAGCACUGGUGAGAAGAUGAAGGAGGGUGCAGAGGAUGCCAAGGAGAAGCUCCAGAAACAAGGUGAAAUUGGCAAGGAGAAACUCGAUGAAGCUGGUCAGAAGAUGAAGGAAGGUGCCGAGAAUCUCAAUGAGAAGAUGAAGGAAGGUGCCCAGAAUGUAAAGAAGAAUCUCGAAGAGGAUGCCGAGAUUGCCAAAAAGAAGAUGGACGAGACCGGUCAGAAGAUGAAGGAAGGUGCCGAGAAUCUCAAUGACAAGAUGAAGGAAGGUGCCCAGAAUGUAAAGAAGAAUCUCGAAGAGGAUGCCCAGAUUGCCAAAAAGAAGCUGGAUGAAGCUGGUCAGAAGACCAAAGAAGGUGCCGAGAAUCUCAAUGACAAGAUGAAGGAAGGUGCCCAGAAUGUAAAGAAGAAUCUCGAAGAGGAUGCCGAGAUUGCCAAGAAGAAGCUAAGUGAAGCCGGUGAGAAGACAAAGGAGUCGUGGGACAACGCAUCGGAGAAGGUUAAGGAAGCAAUGUCCAACACCAACGAAAAGAUGAAGGAAGGCGCUCAGAAUCUAAAGAAAGACAUGGAACAAGGUGCCACCGAUGCCAAGAACAAAGCAGAUCAACUCGGUGAAAAGAUGAAAGAAGGUGGUGAAGCAUUCAAGAAAGACGUCAAAGAUGCAGCUUCCGAUGCCAAAAUGAAAAUGGACGAAGAGAUGCUCAUCUCUAGAGUAAUCAAAUUAAUAACAGUAGAUACAAUCACUAUAGUCUCUGCAAUGCGUGCGGCUUACUUUAGUGGAGUGUUCAAAGAAAUUCUUUAUACCUCAGAUGAAGAUUUAGAAAACCAAAUUUUCUUGAAUUUCUCUUAG